UUAGCAAUGAUUUCUGCAAAGGAUAGCACGUUACUGAAUACCAUGUUCAUAAGACUUCUGAUCGUUCUGCUUUGUUUAAACUUAACCAUACUAGCAAAUUCAGAGGAGAUUGCACCAAAAGUUAAAACUCUCUCAGGAGCACUAAAAGGCUAUUAUAAAAUAUCACAGUAUGGCAGAAAAUACGAAGCAUACGAAGGGAUUCCUUAUGCGUUACCACCUAUUGGAGAAUUAAGAUUCAAGCCUCCUCGACCAAUAACACCAUGGAUCAGCGAACUAUCGGCUACGAAAUUCGGUUCUCCGUGCAUUCAAUAUGAUCAAUUUGCUUCCGAUUCUGCCGAUAAAGUCGAGGGUGCCGAAGAUUGCUUGUAUUUAAAUAUUUAUGUACCAGUACGAAACAAGACGGAAAACAAGACAUCUAUGCCAGUGUUGUUUUGGAUCCACGGUGGCGCUUUUCAAUAUGGUAGCGGUAUGAUUUAUGGAGCCACAUAUUUGAUGGAUAGCGACGUCAUACUCGUCACAUUUAACUAUCGAUUGGGACCGAUGGGUUUUCUUAGCACGGAAGAUGAGGUAGUUCCUGGCAACAUGGGUCUAAAAGACCAAAAUAUGGCACUUCGCUGGGUAUUUCAAAAUAUCGAGUCGUUCGGUGGCGAUCCAAACGGAAUAACUUUAUUUGGUCAGAGUGCUGGUAGUGCAAGUGUGCAUUAUCACUACUUAUCGCCAAUGAGCGCAGGACUCUUUCGAGGAGGAAUAUCGUACAGCGGAACAGCGUUCGAUUGUUGGGCGCAAACUGAGAAUUCUUUAGAGAAAACUAAAAAACUGAGCGCUUUAAUGGGAUGUCCUACAACUAAUUCUAGAGACAUGAUAGAUUGCUUGAGACAUCGACCGGCUCGAGAUAUCGUACAAUGCCAAUAUUCUACAAACGAAUUUAUGUAUUUCUUUUACAAUCUUAUCACUCCUUUCACACCAGUAGUUGAAAAAGGCAGUGAUACACCUUUCAUCGAUAAGACACCAGUUGAAAUCGUGAAUAACGGUGACGUACAAGAUUUACCUUGGGUUACAAGUGUAGUGAGUCAAGACGGCCUUUAUCCCGUAGCUGAAUUUAUCGCUGACAAUGAAACUCUGAAACAAUUAAACAACAACUGGGAUCAUCUUGCUCCGCGUUGCCUAGACUUUUAUGACACCAUUCCAAAAGAGAAAUACGUCGAAAUUUCUCACAUUAUCAAGAAGCAUUAUUUCGGUACGAAACCAAUAGACCAGACAACUACAAGCCAACUGGUACAAUUGGCGAGUGACCGCUUCUUCUUUGUUGACAGUAAAAAGGCUGCGCUAAUGCAAGCCAAAGUAAAUAAGAAUCCAGUCUGGUAUUCUUAUUUUUCGUACAGAGGAAAUCAAAGUUUAAGUGAAUAUUAUAGCGGUACAACUAAUAAUUACGGUGUCUGCCAUGGCGAUGAUAUAACAUAUAUAUUAGAUACUCCUUGGGUGGAUCCAACAACAACGCAACGAGAUCGCGAUAUGCAGAAACUCUUAAUCGACUUUUGUGUAUCUUUUGCUACAAAUGGAAUUGCAAAAGUGUAUGGUGCAAAUUGGUCGCAAUUAAAUCCUUCAGAGAAGGAAUUUCAUUAUUUGCAUAUUGCAAGUCCUACUGAGAUUAACACGGGUAGCAAUGCUGAUUUCGGGGAUGAAACAUUCUGGAAUUCACUUAAGUUUAACGAGAAUGUGUUGACCACAUAAAGAAAUUGAGAAGAAGUGCUUUGAAUGAUUCUACAAGGAAAUUCGACUCUUUCAUCUAUAUUUUACGCAACUAAUUUUUAUUAAAUAUUAACAUAAUGCUUAAUUUUGUAUGUUAUGUGCACUUAUAUUUACGAAUCUCUUCUAAUAAUAAUAAAGCAAGAUGAAAACUA